CACGAAAAAACCAUAUACCAACCCUCUCCCACCUAUCUACCGCCCAAACACGCCCAUUGACGCUCAACAAGCCCGUAAACAGAGCACGAAGACACAUCUACGCAGCAUGGAUGACAUCGACCUCCCCGCCCUGCGGGACAAACUCAUCGCCAUCGCGUUGCAGGCAGGCUCCAUGAUCACAUCCGCCUCGGCUUCCAUGAACCGCAGCACGGGCAACCAGUCGAAGGCGGCGUCGACCAAGAAGAACUCGGCCGACCUGGUCACCGAGACGGACAAGGCCGUGGAGGACUUCAUCUCCAGCACCCUGAAGCAGCAGUAUCCCACGUUCAGCUUCAUGGGCGAGGAGACGUACGUGCCGGGCAACAAGCUGGGGCCGGAGCCGACCUUCAUCGUCGACCCGAUCGACGGGACCACCAACUUCGUCCACGGCUGGCCCUACGUGAGCGUCAGCCUGGGGUUCGCCGUGGGCCGGGUGCCGACCGUGGGCGUCGUGUUCAACCCGUUCACGCGCAAGCUGUACCACGGGAUCAAGGGCCAGGGCAGCUUUCUGCGGAUCAUGCGAGACGACGGAAAGGCCUCAGGGCACGGCGGCGAUGAGGAUGCCGAGACGAAGUUGCCGCUGCGCUACCCCAGCGGCGUGGCCGGGCUGGACGAGUGCGUCGUCGCCAUCGAGUACGGCAGCGACCGCAGCGGGGCGAACUGGCGGACCAAGAUCGACACGUGGGCGGCCCUGGGCGCCAGCAAGGACGAGGGCGGCGCCAUGGUGCACUCGGCGCGCGCGCUGGGCUCCGCGGCCCUCAACCUGUGCGCCGUCGCCGAGGGCUCCAUCGACGUCUACUGGGAGGGCGGCUGCUGGGCCUGGGACGUCUGCGCCGGCUGGGUCGUCCUCACCGAGGCCGGCGGCCGCGUCGUCGACGGCAACCCCGGGGCGUGGGACAUCCCCGUCGACCACAGGAAGUAUCUCGCCGUGCGGGCCGCCGAGACAGGGCAGACGGAGCUGGUGCAGGAGUUCUGGGGCUUCAUCAAGGGGCGGAUGGAGUACGAGCACUGAGUGAGCGAGAGUCGAAUAGAUCAAUAAUGGCCCAAUCUCGGUUCAGCGACUUCUGGCAUAUAAGGCCAACUGGAAAGAUAGUGGACGCGGUACGCGACCAAGAAGAAGACGACGACGACGACGAUAGAACAUAGACAAGAAAUGUUUUG